UGUACGAUGAUAUAGAUUAUAGGAGGGUAAGCGAGAGGGGCGAUGAUUUCAGACUGAUCCGGACAUCCAUCAACCCUAGCUAAUCAGACUCACGCCCAUCUCCUUCCCCUCAUCAUCCGGCCUUUCCUCUCCGUCGUUUUUUUUGAAGAAUGCCUUGCGGUGUAAGGGCGCUUGUGCCACCGGUAAAGCUACUCAAAUAUGAUUUUUCGAAGGUCUGCCCCUGCAACGAAUGUUCCGAGAAGACAAAGGCGAUUGUGGAAUUUGACAACUAUCUACACUCUAAAUUUGCCCAAAUCCAGGCACCUUAUACACAACUGUUUUUUGAUAUCGAACGCUUUACGCCUCUUUUAUCUGCCUUUUGGGAGACAACACAGACAUGGACUUGUCUUCAACAUAGCCUUAAAAGUCUACACGAGAAGUCCGGGGUUCCGCUCAGAAGAAGUAAAUCUGAAGAACAUAUAAGAGAUGUAUUCAAUCAAACUGGUACUUUCCUAGUAAAUGAAGGGGAACUGGAUAAAUUUGUGCUUCAAGAUGAAUGUGAGGGUCAUGAUGAUAAACCCACUCAUCUUGAUGAUAAAAUAUUUGCUAUGUAUUCGUGGUUCGAAUUCACCAAAUUUAAGGAUGUUGUGCAUAACAUCCUCAAGAAGAUGAAAGAGCUUGAAAAUCAAGAAGGGAAGUCUGCUGAAGAAGGAAAAAUGUCUCUGAACCUUUCAAACUCUAAGAGGCACUUGGAAGACCAAAUGAAGCUUUUCAAAGGAUUGCCAUUUGAAGAUAUGUGCGUAGAGAUUAAAAGGCUUGUGAGGAGAGGAGGUGAAAAAUAUCGAAACUUGGUUGAAGACGCUAUGGAAGUAAUCUGGGAGACUUAUCGUGCUCGGGUUGCUAUUAGAAGGAGCUUGCACGAACAAUCUGAAAUGAUCUCUCGCCACCCGUGCAAUAUGGAUAGAGAGAAACACCUGCCGAAUGAAUUGGGAGAUUUUCUUGAUUCUUUACUCAAUCAGUAUUGCAGAAAUCGGUUCCAUGUGCUCCAUCUCUGUGCGAGUUUUGAAGAGAUAGAGUGUAGACUGUGUAUUGGAGAAAAUGGAAUCAAAUUUUGGGUGAUAACUUUUUUCAUGUUAAACCAAAUGAUGAAAGCUAUUCUAGGUCUUCUCUUCAAAACAUACAAAGCCUAUAUGUUUUACUCUUUUUGUUCUACGCUUUUGAAUUGUUGCUACUACAAGGUUUUUUAUUCUUCAUUUUGUUCUUAUACAGCUUUUAUCAUAA